AUGCAGGCCAUGCACAUGCUCGGGAAUUCUACCAGAGGUCUCUUGCCUAAGCAGCACUGCCUCCUUUACAGAUCAUGCAUUGUUCCCAUUGCAACGUAUGGUUAUCGUCUCUGGUACUUCGAUGGCGCCUGUAACAAAGGCGCCAUCAACCAGCUCAAAUGGAUGCAGCAGAAAGCUGCUCUAUGGAUUACAGCUGGUCUCAUUCCCAUCCAUCUCAUGCUGAAGAAGUUGGCCAUGCGUGCAGUGUACCGUGUCGCUACCCUCUCAGACACUCAUCCUCUUUUCUCCAUGAUGGGCGAGAGACUCCUCAAGUGGGCUGAACCCCAUGCCUGCUCUGCUGCCUUGAUGACCCCAGCUAUGAGGGGGAAAGUCAAGAGCACUGUCAUGGAGGUGGACAAACGUGUCCACACCUUAACUGAGAGCUUUGAGCCCUUUGCACCCGAAGCUCGCCCUGGUGACCAGUUACUGGACCGCUAUGCAGACCGUCUCCGCUUCGACGAGCGCAAUCCUACUCAGGAUAGGCACCCAUAUCUUGACAAGCUCAUCACAAUUGUGAGGGCUGAUCCAUUAACAGUACUGGCUGCGGCUGAUGGCUCUGUCCCUCAGUCCAACCAGUAUCAGGCAACCUCGGCUGCCAUCAUCUACAAGGGACAUUUUACCACCCCCGACAUGGAACUCAAUGCCAUUGGUGCGCAGUUCGCCUAG